AUGAGCUUCGGCUGGAGCGUCGGAGAUGUGUUACAAGCCGCCAAGAUCGCCUGGGAUGUCUACAAGUGUAUCGCUGACGGGACCCAAAAUGCAAAGGUCGAUUUUACACACUUCAAGGCAGAGUUUCAGCUGAUGAGAGCGACCAUUGAGGAGUUACAAGAGGCUGAGAAAGAUGUCCCCGUCUCCAAGAGGGUCGCUCUCGGUCAGUCAUAUCAGCAGACGAUCAUCGAAUGCACUGAAUUCGUCAAGAAGCAUCAAAAAUUGGCCAGCAAUAUUCACUCAGAUGGACCGAAAGGACCGUUACAAUGGCACCAAGUUUCGGACAGGGUCAAGACGCUUUUCCACCAAGUUGCGUGGCCGAUGGAACGCAAAGAAGCCGAACGACUGCGCCGCGCGCUCGAGCGGAACGUCCAGCUAGCGAACUUGAUGGCAACCCAUACCGUGAUUGAUAUACAGAAACAGAAUAGACAGGAAAAUAGGCAGGAGAAUUUGGAAAUCCUGCGUGCAAUUAAAAUCAUGAGUCUACAGAUAUCGUUCAUCCUUCGUCAAUGCAUGCCGGGACAUAGUUCUAACACCGGAGACAACACUCUGGAAAGUCGACUCUUAUCCGAACUUGGUCAGCGAGCUUUGCCACGGUUACGAGGCACGGAACAGCAGCAGCCCUUGCUCGAAUUCCAUGAUUCAAGAUCCGACGAGCGGGAGUCGAAACCCCUUUUCCGCAUCCAAGACGUCUCCCAAAAGCUAGAGCACCUUAUAAUGCGCCGUGACAUGCCAGUCGUUGGCUUCCUAGACCAGAUCCGAGCGGAUAUUCGUGGUGCUUUGAAUCAGGCUGGGUUCAAGCAUGUCACCGUUCCUGGUCAACUGGCGUUGAAUGCACCAACCAAGCCCAAGGAGCCCGCUCGGAUCUUGAACAAGGAGAUUGAUGAGUGGGAGAAAUUCAGCGACUGGGUCAAAUUCCAACUCCUACAUCAAGAACGAGCGAUCACCUCAGCACGAAGGGAAAACUCGCCGCACGAUAAUGACCCUCCCGGGGAACCGCCGCCCACGCCUCCACUAACUGAGCCCAUCAGUACUCGCUACCGGUGCACGAGAGUAGAGACGCAGUGUCCUGUAACGAUACAUUUCCCCGAUCCCAAUCUCAAGAACCACGAAUUGCACAAACCGGUUAAUUGCACAAUAAGCGUCUACCUGCAUCACCGCACCCGCGAUGUUGGCUUCAUCGAGGCAGCAGAUGUGACUGGCGCCGUGAAAAUAAGUCAUCGCAUCCACGAGACAACAUUCAGAGGAGCCCAGAGCUCGAUGAUUCCAUAUAUCGAGAGUGCGCAUGUUAUCAACGAUCCGACCAGUCCGUUCAGGAUAUGCUUUCAGGGGUCUCAUCGUGUUAAAAUAGAGACGAACGGCGCUAUCGAAAGAUAUGCCAUCUCGCCGGUAUAUAUCUGCCGGAAGCAGGCUGAUUCAGACUUUGUUGCUUUGCAGAGCAUACUCCUAGGCCGAAACAUUCUCUAUUGCGGAGAUGUUAAAUAUAUCAACGCCGACGGCGUCGAGGAGCACUGCUCGCUGGAGACCAUUCGUGUCCUCCAGGACCCGCUCACAUCAGCGCGGAGUUUACUCUACUUUGGCAAACUCAAGCACAGCUCCAAUGCAAAGAUAGGCUUUCUGGAAUGGCCUUGUAUGUACUAUUCCUUUUAA